AGUUUACGAGAAUUGGCCGUUGUUCAGACCUUCACAUGAAGCCUCUUAUGCUAUGCCAGGGGUUAUAACAUAAUAAAGGCUAGAAUGGCAGGUUGGUGAGGACAGUGAAGGCAGGGCCAGGCAUUCUGCAGGCCCCCAGGGCACUCCACUUGGGCCUUGCUCUUCUGCCUCUACACUCCCAGCUCCUGCGUCCUGCUCUCAGUACCCUUCACCCACCCAGAAUCGCAGGAUUCUUGCUAAAAUUGGACAAGGCAGAACCACAUGGAAGCCCCCAAAUCAGGGCCUAGUUGAGAAGGGAGCUGAGAGAGCCUGAAAUAGAGUUUGGUCCAGAAGACAGUCUUUGUCUGCUGGGAGAACAGGGAGUGUGCCACUCUCAGAACUGAGCCCAGGAGCUGGGCUGACGGGAGGGUGGCCAUGGUGCCCCCUGGGCAGUGCUUUUGUCUGGAACAUGUUUCUGGCUCCAAGAAUGAUCUCAGCUGCCCUGAGAGAGCAGGAUACCCACAAGGAGAUCUGUAGGAUGGUUCUGAAGCUGGAAGGUGGGGGAGGUGAUGAAGACAGUGAAUACCCGUGUGCCCGAUAAGUGUCUUGGACUCUCUUCUGUUUUUCUGCACGAAUGGCAUCCCCAGGUGGGCCACUGGCAGCUUUGCCACAGUAACAACAGUGAUGCAGACCCUGGCUUUCUACCAGCAGUGGCAAAACGGUUCCUACUGCCUGACGAUCCCUCCUCACUGACCCCAGCCUGCCCUUCAGGCUCCAGGCCGCACUGACAGCCAGCCCAGAGAGUUUUCUACUGGGAGAUCAGACAGUCAGGAACAGUUGUUCUCAGUGUCUUCCUAGACCAGUGCCAUUUACUGCACUUGGCUUUGCGUCAAGAUGGUAUUGAUCUGCAGUGCUUAAUUAUUAGGCCACUUGAACUGGAGUGCUAUAAAAGUGAGAAGAGUUGCCUUCCUGUCCAUCUCAGAGGCAGUCCCUUCACAAGAAGAUCUGAAAUACCUGAAGUGUAUCAAAGGAGCCAUUAUGUCCCUGUCCUCCAGCCUAAAGAGUCUCCCCACCAUCUGUGUCCUCGCUGCUUUUGUUUCCAGCACUGUGGUAGAGAGUUACAAAUGUGCACAAUGUGAACCUGAAGAGUGUAACAAUGGCAAUGAGAAAACUUGUGAUACCUCUCUCGGCUGCUUCAGUGAAAAGAAAGAACUUAAUAAGACAGGGCAGCAGCAGCAAUCGAACCAGCGUAUCCUGAAGAAAGGCUGUUCUUUAGGCAAGUGUGAUCCAAAGGCCUUCUCAGCCACACUGGGGAAUGAGUACACAUUUGGGUAUGGCUAUCGAUGCUGCCAAACUGAAAAUUGCAACAAAGCGGACUUCCAAGUGGCUCGGAAGUCCUCAGAUCCCAAUGGCAUUACCUGUCCUGCCUGCUACAGUGACCAGGGUUCAACCUGCCAACCAACCAACCUCGCCUGUAGAGGGGAAGAGACAAAGUGUCUUGUGUUUGUAGGCACAGCUAGUGGUGUCUACCCAGUAUUUGGUAUGGGUUGUGCAACUGAAACUGCUUGCAACUUAAAGGAUAUGGAAGUGAUAGAUAAUGUAAAAAUCCAUACUGGCUGUGCAGGCAGCAGUAGUGGAAGCCCCCACCUGACGUCCAUCAUCCCAUCAAUUCUGACUGCUCUCUUUCUGCUGAAAGUCUUGCUUUGAUCUCUGAGGCACUUCCAAGCCCAUCUACGAACAUUUCCAAGCACUUCUAUAAACCUGAAAAAGUUGGAGACCUUGAAUGUCUCUUUCCCCCAACUGCCUACCCACAACAUCAGAGAAUUAAAGAGCUGAUAUGUCCAGAA